ACACACACACACACAGAGACGAGAGUGACGUUGUGCAGAACCGGAAACAGGGGGCGGGCUCCGAUGAGGGAGCUGCCGGAGAGCUGGGAGAGGCCGAGGCUCGGGCCGGGGCCCGCGGAGCCACCGGGGAGAACAUGCGAGGGGCAGCGGCGGAGGAGGUGCUGAGCCGGUUAUUAGGCUGCGGCCCUGAGGCGGCGGCUGCGAGGCCCCGGCUAAUGGUGUUCCGGAACAUGCCGAGGGGAGACGAGGAGGAGGAGGAAGGAGAGGCCGCAGCGGAGGCCGAGGCUGUAGUAGAAGCGCUGCCCGCGGGAGGAGGGAGGCCCGAGCCGGACGACUUGUCCAACCGACACCACAAGGACUUGGAGCUGCAGCUCGGGGCUCUGGGACUGCGCGGCUGUGAGGAGACCAGUGAUGCGCUGCUGGUGCUGGAGGAGCCGCACGGGGACGAGCGGGAGGGACGCGGGGAAGCGGCAGCGCCCGACACACUCAGCCCGAGCCCCUCGGCCCCGAGCUCUAGAUCCUCCUCCCUCCGACUCCGACUCUCACGAAUCUUCCGCACCAAGAGCUGCGCGGGGGCCGCUGACAGGAGGGGGGAGCUCGGGGGAUCCGGGGGGAGUCUCAGUGACCUGGAGCUGAGGAAGCCGCGAUUGACCAGAACUCAAAGUGCCUUUUCUCCAGUCUCCUUCAGUCCGCUCUUCACCGGUGAAACGGUGUCACUUGUGGACGUGGACAUUUCACAGAGAGGAUCGUCCUCUUCGCGGCCUCCCACUCCACCUCCACCUCCCCGCAGGAGCCUCAGCCUUUUAGAUGACAUUGGUGGAAUCCAGCCAGCAUCUGUCCUAGUGGGACCCAUGGGAUCCUCUCUGCAGUCUUUCCCCCUGCCCCCGCUGCCUCCCCCACAUGCUCCAGAACUUUUACCACGUUUGGUCCAACUAAGACCAACCGAGUGUGUCCCAGUCCCACUGGUGCAGCCGCUGCAGUACCCCCUAUUUAAACAGGACCCUAGUAGCUUUGCCGCCAGCCUGCGGGAGCUUGAGAAGUGUGGUUGGUACUGGGGUCCAAUGAAUUGGGAGGACGCAGAAAUGAAGCUGAAGGGGAAACCAGAUGGCUCGUUUCUGGUGCGAGAUAGUUCAGACCCUCGCUACAUUCUGAGUCUGAGUUUCCGAUCACAGGGCAUCACCCACCACACGCGCAUGGAGCACUACAGAGGCACAUUCAGUCUCUGGUGCCACCCAAAAUUUGAGGAUCGUUGCCAGUCGGUAGUGGAGUUCAUAAAACGUGCCAUCAUGCACUCGAAGAACGGGAAGUUCCUGUAUUUUCUUCGCUCGCGAGUACCAGGUCUUCCCCCAACCCCAGUACAGCUUUUGUACCCCGUUUCCCGCUUCAGCAAUGUGAAGUCCCUGCAGCACUUGUGCCGCUUUCGCAUCCGGCAGUUGGUUCGCAUCGACCACAUUCCAGAACUCCCACUGCCCAAACCCCUUAUCUCAUAUCUGCGCAAGUUCUAUUACUACGACCCCCAGGAGGAGGUAUACCUUUGCCUAAAGGAGGCUCGGCACGUUAACAGAAUGGAGUCUGGGAGCGAGAGCUCCACGUAGCAAGGCUUCAUCGUUUCCCUCUUCAUAGGCCGAUUCAGGAUGCAGAAUGCUGAGCAAGAGAACAAUGGAUGACCCUGGGGAUUCUUGAAUAAGAGGCUGCAGUUCAAACCGGCAAGUGUGGUCCUGUUACUCCUUUAACCACAUUGCCCCCCUCCCUUUCCUAGGAAUAGGAAUACCAAGCAAGUUGCAAUUCAUAUGGUCACUGCUGUCUUUUUUGGUGGCUGUGGAAGCAGAAGACUUUACUUAUUAAAGCCCUGGCUGCAUCCUCAGUGUUUAAUCCUGAAAUGGAAAUCAUCCAUCAAGAGACAAGCUCCAGGGAAUUAGCCUUCUGUUCCCAAGGCCGCUCCAUCAUCUGGGUUUCUGUGGUAUUCUACCGAUUCUGUACCAUUAUACACUGAGCAUAUUCAUCUCAUGGACUAUGGAAUGGCCCCUUGAAAUGAAAGGGUUCAGCCUCCUGCCCCUGGUAACACAACUGAUGCUACAGACGACACUCCGUUUGUCAACCCUCUGGACAUGGAAGCGAGGCCAUUUCUCCAGCGUUAAACUACUGAUUAGACUUGCUGUUAAGACUGCUACUGUAAUGUGGGGACUUCUCUCUCCCUACGCUUUGUCUCAGAUUCCUUACACCGUGGUGUUAAACUGGUCUUCUCAACACUGGAAAGGUUCCUAGUCUGUUCACUGGAGAUCAAGCCAACUCCUUUAAUGAACUGGUUGCAAGACAGCCGGCGUACUUGAAGAGGUUCCUGGGUGGAAAGUGGAGAGUGAUGGGGAAUAUUUCUGCUGCCCUAAGCGGUAAAGACGUGAUACCUUUCAUACAUUUCACAGGACAAAAAAAAAACAAAAUGAGUUUCUUUUCCUCUCCAGCACAAUUCUUUCCCCCAUUUCCUCCCUCUCUUUUAUUCUUUUGUGUAUAUUUUGCUCUUAAUUUAUUGAAUAAUAGUAUGGGUGUAAUUUAUUUUCCUCUCCCCGUUCCUGCAUUAUUCUCCCGCUGCUUGUGUGUUUUUUUUUUAAUCGAUAACAAGGAAAACGGUAAAACACUGGCUUUUUUUUUUUCAGAGGGUUCCGUCCUGUGUGUGUGUUACGGCUUCUGUGCCCUCAUGGAGCCCUGUGGCCAGUUUGACGUGUCCUUGAAGCUCUGUUUGUAUAUAUUGUCUUUUAGGCAUGAGUGAGGCACAUUGAUAUGAUUUUCAGUUCAAAAACAUAUAUAUAUAUUUUUGACUCCCUGAAUAUUCUUCCUUUGCAGUGGUUGAAUAGGAAAUAACUGCACAUUGUUUUGUGUCAGUGGUCUGUCUUUCUACUUUGUCUCCUCAGCCCCUUCCCGACCCACAGAAACAAAAAGCACUCGCCCCUCUCCUCCUCACGGUGCUCCCGGGUCUGCACUUUGCUGUUGGAUUUUUCAAGAGGGGGCGGAGAGUGGGUUUGAAAUAAACUGUUUAGAAAUAACAGCA